ACUAAGCUUUCGGUUCCCCGUUUCCGGUCGGAUCUUUCCUGAGCGUGACACAUCAAAAUGUCUGAGCAUGAAGAAGCUGUGAGGGGGUUCGUGGCUGUGACUGAUGUUGAUGAAGAGAGAGCCCGUUUCUUCCUCGAGUCAGCCGGCUGGGACCUACAGCUUGCUUUAGCUAAUUUCUUUGAGGAUGGAGGAGAUGAUGAUAUCGCCACCCUCCCUCCGCCAGAGUCCGGCUCUGUCAGUCGAUCCACGGGGCCAAGUGAGCACCGAGUGACGUCCUUCAGAGAUCUGAUGCAUGAAGACGAGACGGGUGAUGAGGAAGGCCAGAGGUUCUUUGCCGGUGGCUCAGAAACCAGUGGGCAGCAGAUUGUUGGUCCUCCCAAAAAGAAGAGCCCAAAUGAGGUGGUUGAGGACUUGUUUAAAGGUGCUAAGGAGCAUGGAGCGGUUCCUGUUGACAAAGCAGGCAAAGGACACGGAGAAUCCAGCAAAUCCGGCAAGCCGUUUGUGGGUGGUGGUUAUCGAUUGGGCGCAGCACCAGAGGAGGAGUCGACUUAUGUGGCAGGAGGGUUGAGACAGUCCAGCGGCUCACAAGAUGUGCAUGUGGUGCUGAAGCUCUGGAAGACGGGGUUUAGUCUUGAUAACGGAGAGCUGAGGAACUACAGUGAUCCCGGGAACGCUCUCUUCCUGGAGUCGGUCCGUAGAGGGGAUAUUCCUCUGGAACUGAGACAGCGCUUCCGGGGUGGACAGGUAAACCUAGACAUGGAGGACCAUCGGGAUGAAGACUUUACCAAACCCAAAUAUGCUUUCAAGGCUUUUACUGGAGAAGGACAGAAACUUGGCAGUGCCACUCCAGAGUUGGUGUCGCUCCCGAGAAUCCCGCAGGACCAGACCACCAGCGAAGCUGAUGCCAGUGCUUCCGUCAGUGUGGACAGCUCUCAACCGGUCACUAGCAUCCAGAUCAGACUGGCCGACGGAGGCCGGCUGGUGCAGAAGUUCAACCACACCCACAGGGUGUCUGAUGUGCGUCAGUUUGUGGCGAGCGCUCGCCCGGCUUUAGCUGCCACCGAGUUCGUUCUCAUGACGACUUUCCCCAACAAGGAGCUGACGGAUGAGAGCCAGACGCUGAAGGAAGCCAACCUCCUGAACGCCGUCAUUGUGCAGCGGAUAAAGUGACAGUCACCCGAUGAUCUAGCUUUAUUAAAGCACUCUGGAGUUGAAGAUACGGGGACUGGAAAGGACUUCUGAUUACUUAAUUUUGUUUUCUUUAGUGAUAUGUUAUUCCUCUGUGACAGUUUUGGGGUGGUAGGUGUUUCUGAUAAAGCAAAAAUGGAAAUGAAGGUGAAGCAGUCACACUGUGAUACAGUUAAAGGGACAGAGGGAGGAACCGAAGAGAAGAACUAACAAAUUUUACAGUUUUAGAAUAACUGCUGAACACAUUCAGAUUGAAAUAAAGAGCUUUCUGAAGAGUUUUGACAUCCUUUUACCUCUGUGUCUAUCCUGCAGCUAUACGCUGCUUUGCUUUACCUCCUCCUCAAUUUUAUUCCUCUUUCUGUGAUUCAUCUCUUACCAUUUCUCAGAACUGUCAUUAAAGUUAAAGUAGCCUUAUAUUCUAGCCCCAUACAGUGACACUGACCAAGAUCAACCUCAACUGUCAAUGAUCAAAUCUUUUUUUUUAUUUUUUUAUUUUUUUUUUUUAUAUAUAAACAAUACAAUCUUUAUUUUAUGAUGUUUUAGGCUUUUUGUUAUUUAGGGUGUCACACUAUUUUGAUUUUUUUUAAUGAUUAUAUUUAGCUUGAUUCUAAAAUAAUAAAAUUAAGAGCCAACUCCUGUUUUGGACACUGCUGCUGGUGAACAUAUCAGUGGCCUUCUUGUAUUCUAUGCAGAAACUGACUAGAAUUCUGGAGAUAUAGUGUGAUUGUGAGCUGUGCUGAACCUGAUAUUAAAACCCUUUGUCUGGCAUUGGAGAACA